UCGUACACGUGCCCUUGUGCUUUUAUUUUGAAAUGCGCGCUCGCUCCGGCGGCUGUCGCAGUACACGGCAGUGGUGACGCGCCGCCGCUGUCAUAGAGCUCCAGUCCAGCGAUUAGGGAAGAAGCUGAAACUGGUGUCGACGGAGCUGGAAAUAUUACGUUGACUGUGACAUUAUCAGUGCUUCUUCAUAGCUGUUGUGUUAUGGAUGCCACCUGCUGGUUUUGCUGAUCUACUGCUCCUCACAAAGUUCAGAGGGCCAUGAGCCCAGUCAGCUUCCAUCUACAGUAUGAGCCUCCGAACCAUAGGGGGUGCUGUGCUCAGCUCCCUGGGCCCUAGUCUGGCAGCACAAGCUGGAGGACCCUGGAGCUCCAUCUCUUUCAGACCCAUACCCUCCUUGCUUCAGACCAUGGUACCUGCCGGUUACACUGCUUUACAGGAGGAACGGCUGGCUAUGGUGGACCUCGGCACGCCCAAGCCAGAGUCCCUCAAAAACGGGUUCCACCGCGAGCCACGCCGCCACUCAGACCGCAGCAGCAGAACAUCCGUCAGCCUGUCUGACGCCGGAGAUGGACGCUAUGCGGAGACGGAGCCCAUGUUGCCUGAUGACAGACUUUCAGGAGAAGAGGCAGACGAGGAAGAGGAGAACGAGGAGGAAGGGCAGCAGCUGGCGACCAGAAACAUGCCCAAAGAGUCGCCCCUGGCCAUGGCACUGCAGAUACUAGUGCCCUUCCUUCUAGCUGGGUUCGGGACGGUGUCAGCCGGUGUGGUACUUGAUAUAGUACAGCAUUGGGAAGCGUUUAAGAACAUUACAGAGAUUUUCAUCCUGGUUCCAGCUCUUUUGGGUUUGAAAGGAAACCUGGAGAUGACUCUGGCUUCCAGACUUUCCACAGCGGUGAAUGUGGGGAAAAUGGACUCACCCAUAGAGAAGUGGAAUCUCAUUAUUGGGAAUUUGGCACUGAAACAGGUUCAGGCCACCGUAAUAGGGUUCCUGGCAGCAGUAGCAGCUGUUGUACUGGGUUGGAUUCCUGAGGGAAAGUUCCAGUUCAGUCACGCCGUUUUGCUGUGUUCCAGUAGUGUCGCUACAGCCUUCAUAGCAUCAAUGCUGCAGGGUAUAAUAAUGGUGGGUGUAAUUGUGGGCUCUAAGAAGACAGGCAUCAAUCCUGAUAAUGUAGCCACACCCAUUGCCGCCAGUUUUGGUGACCUCAUCACGCUAGCCAUCCUGGCAGGGAUCAGCCAGGGCCUCUACAACUGCAUAGACUCUCACCCAUAUGUGUCAUCUCUGGUGUGUGCCUUCUUCAUGUGUCUGACUCCACUGUGGAUGGUCAUCUCCUCCAAACACCCUGCCAGCCGUCAGCUGCUGUACUCAGGCUGGGAGCCUGUGAUCACUGCCAUGUUCAUCAGCAGUAUUGGAGGACUCAUUCUGGACAAAACUGUUUCUGAUCCCAACCUGGCUGGGAUUGUGGUUUACACGCCCGUUAUCAAUGGUAUCGGGGGAAACCUGGUGGCCAUCCAAUCCAGUCGGAUAUCCACCUACUUGCACUUUCACAGCACCCCUGGAGAGGUUCCUGACGAGGCCAAGGGUUGCUACUACCCCUGCCGCACCUUCUGUGGCACAGGGGCCAAUCACAGGUCAGCACAGGUACUGCUGUUACUGGUUAUUCCUGGCCAUUUGAUCUUCCUGUACACUAUUGAUCUGAUGGAAAGAGGUCACACCUCACUGACGCCCGUCUUCAUGGUUGUGUAUUUGGCUGCUGCUCUUUUCCAGGUGUUCUUGUUGCUUUGCAUAGCGGACUGGAUGGUGCACUCCAUGUGGAAGAGCGGGAAAGAUCCGGACAGUUUCUCUAUCCCGUACCUGACAGCGCUGGGCGACCUGUUGGGAACCGCCUUCCUAGCUCUCAGCUUCCACUUCCUGUUUAUCAUCGGAGACCAAGACAGUGAUGUGGGUGACUGAGGUCUUUCUUUGACCUUUGAUCCACAGCUCAAACUAUAUCAUACUUGCUGCCCUCACUUAUUGCCUUGAAUGGCUGCUUGUUGGAUCACAUGGCAUGUGGCAACAAAGCAAACUUAGCAUUUCUCUGUCAGGUUUAAACAUUUUCGUGACUCUUCUUAAAGUGCCAGAUGAUUUUUAAGCUGCAUCGAGAGAAUCUGCACAUGCAGUGAGGGAUAGAAGGUGGUAAAACGACUCCAUCAUCUCAAACAGGGUGAUUUCUGGUCCGUCUGACAUGGGACGGUACGAAAAGCAUCUUUAGUUCUCACUCCUACCAUGUCAGUUUUCCUUAUCAGCACUAUAACAGUGGAAGGCAUGGAAGUUUGUUUCCGCCACAUAAAAAAAGAAAAAUUUCGACUUUUUAUCAGAAUUGUGUAAUAUAAAGUCGCAAUUGUGAGUUAUAAAGUCAGAAUUGUGUGAUACAAACUCGCAAUUCUGACUUUUUCGCAAUUGCGAGUUAUAAAGUCCAAUUCUGAGGGAAAAAGACUGACUUUUUCUCAGAAUUGUGAGUUUAUAUCUCACAAUUAUGACUUUAACUUGCAAUUGGGUGAAAAAAAAACGACUUACGACUUUAUAAGACGCAACUGCGACUUUAAAUCACGCAAUUCUGACUAUAACUCGUAAUUGCGAGUGUAUAUCACACAAUUCUAACUUUAAAACUCACAAUUGCGAGUUUAUAUCAUGCAAUUCUGAGAAAAAAGUCAGAAUUGCAAGAUGUAAACUCAAAAAAAGUCAAAAUUGUGAGAUUUUUUUAUUUUUUAUUCAGUGGUGGAAACGAGUUUCUAUUGGAAGGACCAAAUACAACCGCUAAAAAUAAGAAUAUAUAAGAUUGUUGUGGUGAUUGUACUUUAUUUAUUUGCCAUUUUUUGUCUUUGUCCUUCUUUAUUUACUACUUUACCUAUGUAUUUUUUAUUGUUGUCUGUUUAGAGUGACUUUAAGACACAACCUUGUUGCCACGAUUUCUUCCUGUAUGUCCAAUCAAAUCGGACCUUAUUACAAGUAUAACCGCACAGUUUUACUCAACCAGUGCCAGAUCAAUUCAUAUAAACCUCUGUAAUGCAGUUUGAAAGUUAAAGCGUUACUAUACAUAUUGCUUAAUAGCAUAGAAUAAUGAACUAAUAUAUAUCUGCUUCGAGAAAAGGGAAUAGACUUUCAACUGCUCAUUCAAGAAAACAACGGUCUAAGUAACAAUUCAAAAUGCCAGACUUUCUUUUUCGGUGAAAAAUCUCAUGUAUGCAAUUGAAAACAAAAUGAGGUGAAUGUACAACAGAGACACUCUUAUACAAGUCUAUAUUUGUGUGUGUGUGAACUUUUUUUUGUACAUUGUUACUAAGGUGCCAUGAACAGCGAUUUUUCUAUAGGGAAAAAGAGUUUCUACAGGCACCAAUGGAGGAUUCUUAGUGUAUCUUUCUGCCAUGCUUUUUUUGAUACUCAAAAUGUUUAAUAAAGGUUUAAUAAAAGUUUACGUCCAAUA